CCUAAUGCAAGUGGGUGUCGACUUGCAGACGGUUCUAUUUCUGUGUUCCUUCUUCCAGAUUAUGUCAUAAUACCAACGAGUAUUUCGAUUUUUGAUUCACAAAAUCAGUUUAAUUUUGAAUUUCUUACGUGUGCGUCGGUUCAUACAUCUGUAGCAAAAUGAGUCUGAAAUCGGAUUGCAAGAAAACGCUUCAGGCGGUCUAUUCCAGCGAAGGAAUUCCACAAAUUACGGACAAAACUUACAACUCAAUGUGGGAAGCUUUCGCUAAAACUCAACCGAGUGUAACCAGUUUGGCAGGAGCCACAUACACUGGUGACGGUUUGUCUGGAGUCGCACCACCACAAAUCUGGGAAACAUUGGAGUUCAAUUUGGGCAAGUUCGGAAUUGACAAGAAACUCGCCACCAAGAUUGUCGCAAAGUUGAAGAAGAAGUACGGUGACAAUCCUAAACCAACAGAAAUCGGUGCAUUUAUGUCGAAUUAACUGGACAAAAAGAACAAUUUUAAAUUCGGUUGCACUGUGUUUACAUCGAUCGGUUUACAUAAUGAAGUGUAACCCUGACAUCAAAAAUUGUUAAAGUAUUCGACGUCAAUAAAACGAUUUUUGUGAAAAUAU